CAGCGCGCAAAAAACUAUCCCCUAUCUUCGUCGUCGUAUUCGCAAGUCAUCCUCUAUCUCGUCGUCUUCUUUUAUGCCGCACAAUCCUCCAAUGUGUUGAAUGAAGGUGAUAGUGCAAAGGCCGCGGGUGGGAGCCAGGACGAGUCAAGGUAG